GUUAAAUAUUGGAGAUGUACCAAAAUUGGAAAUUGGAAUGCUGUGUAAAUACCGUUCAGAAAGAGUUGCCAUUCUUUCCAAAGUACAGACAUGAAUAUCUUUUUGAAAAUGAACUGAAAAUUACUUGGUUUGAAUCAAACUUUUCACAAUCAAGGUAUAAUUUUGAACACAUCAACAUUGCAAGUAAUGCUUGUACCAUUAUUGUUAUAUUAUUGGCUGCAAAAUGUUUUGAAAAUAAAAUUCACAUGUUUGGCCCAGAGAAAGAUAUAAAUUACUUCUUAGUAAAAGCAUUCGGUGAAUGUAUUUUAGAAGGAAAUGAAAUUCAUCAAAAUUUAAAACAACGAGGUGCUUUAAGUAAUGUUAAUUUAACGGUUCCGGAAGGUAUUAAACAUUCAGGAUUAAAUAAACAAUUAGGUCUUGUCGAAUGGAAAUGCAAAUUACACAUGCAACCCCUUGGUUUAACACUAUAUAAAAACUUAAAGAAAUGCUGGUUACAAUGGUUAAGUUGCAAUCUAAGUCAAAAACGUGAAGAUCUCUACGUGGUACUAAUUUCGGAUUCAAGAAGUGUUUUAUUCAUAUUAAAUUCGACUUUGAAUACGGUAACUUUAAUAGAUUCCCAUCAACAUACGUUUGAUAGAGGGGCUGUAAUUGCGAUUGCAACUCGGCAUAAAAUGAAACAUCUUUGUAAUUGGUUUGGAGAUUUAAUUUACAGUUGUUAUAAAUCAACACCUUUGUUAUAUGAAUUAUCCUUCUUGUAUUUUAAAGGACAACGAGGAGGUAAAUCGAAAAAAAAGCGAUUAAAGGAAAUUUAAUUAAAACAACGAUAAAAAAAUAGUAAAAGGUUAUAUUAGAAAAAUAGUAUUAGAAGAAAAAAUUGUUCAUCUAGGUUUUAAAAGGAAUACAUGCUGGAAGCUGGAAGGUCAACAUGAAAAUCAAAUUUAACGCUAAUAAGUGGAAAAAUUGGAUAAAUUUAAAUAAUAAUUUUUAUUUUCUCCA